AUGGAUGAGACGUAUUCGGAGAUAAUGCAAUUCCUGAAGAAGCCCUCUUUUACAGAGACAUUCGUCGACAUCUUACUUUGCGCUGUCCCGAUUUGGGUCGCCGUCAUGAUCGGUCUUUUGAUCGGAUGGUCAUGGCGUCCGAGAUGGACCGGGUUGAUCUAUCUAGGGUUCCGUUCUAAGCUUCGUUUUCUAUGGACUGCUCCUCCUGGGUUCGGCGCUCGUCGUCUUUGGCUUGCUUUCACUGCUCUCUCCGCUUUCUCCGUUUGCCGCACCGUCUGGUCACGCCGUGACACCACAGCUAACAAAUCGGCUAAUGGUUCAUCCCAGGCACAGGCUCCUCCUGGAGAGGAGAGUCUUCAAAGUGAUGAAACAGGUGUUAACACGACUGUGAGAGAGGAGAUUGUGACAGAGAAUGAUCUAGAGCAUUUGCUGCAGCUGCUUGAAGUUGGAAAUGCAAACAUGGAAUGGCAAUCCAUGAUGGACAAGAUUACUCCGAAUAUGAGUUACCAGGCUUGGCGUCAUGAGCCUGAGACAGGUCCUGUUGUUUAUCGCAGUCGAACUGUAUUUGAAGAUGCAACUCCAGAUAUUGUUAGGGAUUUCUUCUGGGAUGAUGAGUUUCGGCCUAAAUGGGAUUUUAUGCUUGCCAAGUUCAGAACUCUGGAAGAGGAUACUCAGACAGGAACAAUGAUUGUUCAAUGGAGAAAAAAGUUUCCCUUUUUCUGUAGUGACCGAGAGUAUAUCAUUGGCCGGAGAAUAUGGGAGUCUGGAAACAAAUUCUACUGUGUUACAAAGGGAGUUCCUUAUCCAUCAUUACCAAAGCGUGAUAAGCCAAGGCGUGUCGAGCUUUAUUUCUCAAGUUGGGUUAUCAGAGCAGUUGAAUCUCGAAAAGGAGAUGGACAGUCAUCAGCAUGUGAAGUAUCUCUAGUCCACUACGAAGACAUGGGGAUCCCAAAAGACGUUGCAAAGUUAGGCGUCCGUCAUGGCAUGUGGGGAGCUGUCAAGAAGCUAAACUCCGGUUUACGAGCUUACCAAACCGCUAGAAAAUCAGACUCGAGUCUAUCCCGGAUCGCCCAAAUGGCAAGAAUCACCACAGUGCUUGACAUGGGUUCUACAGAAUCAUCUACAAGUGAUGAAGACAGAAGCAGAGCAAUGGGAUAUGCGAGAAGGCAACGGGACAAUCUGAGAAUGGACUGGAAAUGGAUUGUUGUUGGAGGUGUUGCAUUGGCUUGUGGCCUUCACACUGGGGUCAUUGGUAAAGCUUUACUUGCUGGAGCUGGCCAGAGACUUGCUCGCCGGUGAAAAACCUUGUGGUAUUCUUCUUGUUAUUAUUAUCGUUCCUUGACUGAAAAAGAGAAAAAGUAUACAUAUAACUAGCGGAAAUUUAUUCUUCUUGCAACUCUGAUAAAAAGGGCAUGUGGUUUUGAUGGUGAACCAUGUAGAGUAGUAGCUUUGAGCUAUGUAUUUUAUAAAUUAUAUGAAUCUAC